AGUCACUGUUUACGCCAGUGUGUAGAACUCACUCGCGUUCGACCAUCAUACAUGGUUGAUAUGUGUUUCGUGCUUUUUUUAUAUGCAAUAUUACGAAUAAAAAUAAUAAAGUUAUUUGUGUAACGAACUUCAAUAUUUGGAACCAUGUGUGAAUGGCUUUCAUGUGAAGAGUGGUGCGACGUACAAUUAGUUUGCGGUGGUCAUGCAUUCAAUGCACAUAGGGCUGUGCUAGCUAGUGUCAGCACAUUUCUCAGAGAAAUUUUGCUGUCAUGUGCCAAAGAAGAGACUCCAACGUUUAUCGUCUUACCAGACUUUGAUAUUGAAGCAAUGUCGUCAGUAAUUCAUUACAUUUACAACGGCGAAGUUACUAUACAGAAACAGAAACUAGAAAUGUUUAUGGAUAUUGUAAAAGCUAUGGAAAUUUUUAUUGACCAUCAAUAUUUACAACAGUUACAUAGAACUCUAGGAAAUCAUAAUUUAAAACUAUCCUAUUAUCAUGAAAGUAAAUGCAUUAAAACAAAUGAUGUGUUUUCGUUAAGUAGCGGAUGCAGUAAAAAUCAACAAUAUGUAAAUUUAAGAAAAGGAGAAUCUAUUCAAGAUAUACAAAUUCAAUGUUCACUAAGUAAUUUAAAUUUUCGUGAUAAGCAAACAGGAUAUAAAAAUUGGUGGAUGUUUCAGCAUUCUUUAGAAAAUUUACCAUCGCCAUAUGCAGACCGACAAAGGAGCACUUUUCUACGUGAUUUAUUUAUCGAGACAUAUCCUCGAAACGGUAAUGCUAACGGUCUGACUUCAAGCGUGCUAGCAAUAUCAAAUGAACGCUAUCAUGCUCCGACAUCUGUUCUCUUGACGAAUGCAAAUGGCAAAUAUCCCAGAACUGGCGACACAGUCUCUGAGAUAUCCAUUAGAACAACUGAGUACGCCGCUUACGCUACAAAUAAAAAGACAACAUGUACAAAAAAAUAUGAUAAUUUUGAUUAUCAAACUUAUUCAAAAGCCAAUAGUCUUGUAACAAAUACUAGUGAUAAAAUAGCAAAUACCACUUUGUUACAACAAUCUACCGAAGAUUCCCGAGUGACUAAAUCCCUACAAUCAUCUUUGAAACUAUUACCAGCGUCUCAAAUUUUAACAGGGGUUAAUGUGUUGUCUUUAGAUCUUAGGAUGGGUCAAUCUAUUUCAGAUGUGAGAACAAAUUUUAACUCAAGUGCAGAAAAUUCAAUUGAAUCUACAGCUUAUUUGAAGAAACACAAUGGAAAAGAUUUAGAUAAAAAUGUAUGUUCAAUAAAUAAAGCAGGAUCUGUGUUAAAUCAAGUAAUGGAAAGUCCAUGGAGUCCUCGUUUACCCAAAGAUUAUAGACCAUUUCGUAAAAAAACGUUCAGCGAAAGCAUAGAAAAUAAAAUGGAAAAGGAAGACAUAUUAAAUGAUGGCAAUAAUAAUAUUCAACAAAUAAUAAAAUCGUCGGAGAAGGAAAUAAAUGUGACACAAAUAGCUUUGAAUGGCGCUGAAGACUUUAAAUGUACAGUUUGCAAUCAGGGAUUCAUUACUAAGGACCGUUUAACUAUGCAUACAUGCCGGAAUUCCACAACAGCCCGAUACAGUUGUGGGGAAUGUGGUAAAACGUUCUCACAACUGCGUAACUUCAAAUAUCAUAUGUCGGUGCAUCGCGGCACCAGAGAAUUCGCAGCCACCUGUACCGUUUGUGGGAAAUACUUCAACGAUAGGGGAUAUCUCAGCAGCCACAUGAAAAUACAUAAGAAUCGCAAGGAGUACAAGUGUACUAUGUGCCCUAAAUCUUUCAAUCAACGUGUUGCUUAUAAUAUGCAUGUGAGGAUUCACACAGGUGUUAAGCCGCAUGUAUGCGAACAAUGCGGUAAGGCAUUCUCUCGGAAAAUGUUGCUGAAGCAGCAUCAGCGGACGCAUUCGGGCGAGAGGCCAUAUGCCUGUUCACACUGCGACAAACGUUUCGCGGAUAGAUCCAACAUGACGUUGCACUUGAGACUGCACACUGGCGUAAAACCAUUCUCAUGUACACUGUGUCCGAAGUCAUUUACAAAGAAGCACCAUCUUAAGUCCCAUCUGAACUUCCAUACGGGAGCGAAGCCAUAUUCUUGUCCACGAUGCAAACUUGCGUUUACGCAGUCUUCAAACAUGAGAACACAUUUCAAGAAAUGCAACGCGCCUGAUCUAACACCACAAGCCACUAGUGAAUAAGAAAUUUAUAAUAAAAUUUACUUUUAAAAUUUAAUUUUUUUUGAUAUCGAUUAUAUUGUUUAAAGUAAAUAUAUUGAGAUGCAUUAUGUCUGUUGUAAAAUCUUUUGAAAUAUAUUUGACGAUGUUUCGAAACAAGUCUCGUGUAGAUUAAUAUAUAUAGAUGUUUUGAAGUCUUUGAAAAAUAAAAUAUUUUAGAUCUUGCAAUACGCGAAACUGAAAAGUUUGUACCGAUGUACAGAGUAAGAAAGCAAUCUUUUGUUUUUGUUAGGAUUUGUUUUAAGGUGAAAAAUGGAAUAUAUAUUUAUAUAUAACGAUGACCAAUUUAUACAUGGACUGUUGGUAUUAAACAUUUAUUUGUUAGCUAGUUAGUCCCUUCAAAAAGUCAGUACUGUUGUUUUCGUAUACAUGGUGUCUUCAUGCUAAACUUUCCUUUUUUGUUUUAAAAUAUUUUUAAAUUUUUAAUAAUUAUUUUGAUAUUACAGUACAUUACCAUAAGAAUACUCAUAUGUUGGAAAAAGACAUUAUGAAGAGAAUAUACAUGUUUUAUUUUAAAGUAAUUUAUAAAUAUGAAUAAUGUGAGUAAUAUACUGUACUUGCCUGUUUAGUAAUAGAUAUAAUUAUUAUUUACAAGUUAUUUGU